AAUCUAAAAUAGUAGGAGAAGCAAGAGAGCUUUUGAUUGCUGCAUGAAACCCCUCAGAAUGGUGCGAAAUUAACGAAAUUCUCCUUAACGACGAACGCGAUAUAACAUCGUAUAUUCAGUCGCUUUUCUACGCCAGGCAAGGGAAACAGAGUAAAAGCAAUUGACACCGCAAUAAAAUCAACGGUGGCACAAAUGGACGAUUACAGAGACUCAACUGAUGUUGUUUAUAAGCUUAUUAGCUUAUCAGUUUUAUGACUCUUACUCGUUAUAUUGACGGAUUAAAUGGCGACACAUUAGCCAUGUACGACCGACGUUAUAGACCAAAAACCUUGGAAGAGGCCCACGAGAUUACGAUAGAAUACUCAAAAGCAUCUUUCAUACAGAAAAUGGAGAAUAGACAGAACCCGGAACAUUAUAAAACACAAAAUAUCAGAAGUGGAAAUUCUGGUAACUGUUACCAGCCGACAGACAGUCGGUUCAACCCAGAAUCCGCAAGCCUCAGGCAUCGGGAGUUCUGCCCUAAGCUACAAGAAGUAGAACGUAUGCACCUAGCCAGGUCAGCAAGCCCGGCAGCCACCGAUGUCACCAAGUGGACGGACCCACCGACGGACCUAACAUCUCAGCAGGUUUAUGCCAAGCAACAGCAACACGGCUAGCAUUUCAUCUAUUUUUAAUAAUAAGCAUAUUUUUGGUAGGUUUCGUAUUACUUGAAUAUCAAUUAAGAAUCAUUACCUUUUCGGACUUUGCAACGAGUAGUUAGCUUUUUUUUAAAACUUGGACAGGGUGACAAGACCCACAAGUUAUACAUAUUUCAGGUGCCCUAAAACUGAAUUCGAAUAUGGAUCUUUGCCAUGCCUAUCUCGCCUUGACCUCCAUCGCAAUGCGUAGAAAGCACCGUUGGUAUGGCUGUUUUGGUGGUAUGGUGCCAUGGAAUUUCGUUCUACUCUAUUUUUUGUCGAAUAACAAAGACAUGAUUCUGGUUGAAGGAAGACAAACAGCUAUCUAGGGAUCAGCCAACAAGCAGCCAGAAAUGAUUUCCAACUUUCCAAAGAAAAACGAUCGUCACCCAGUCACCCAGAGCUAAGAAUCAAGAAAUUAAUAAAGAGAGUCUGAAACCAGCAACCAAUCAAUUCGUAUAUCACAAGGGAUUAACAGCUAUGGUACAAGUCCUGCCAAGUCAUAACAACUUGGACGUAAUUCUCCUCAUAAAAUUCCUAAAUUCAGACAAUACAUGCAACUACAAAUAGACAGUUCAAACUCAUACCGAUGCGUAUCAGCCUCCAAGAUUUAGAAAGUAUUCAGCAACUGCUUGCCGGCAAAUGGUAUAGACACGUUUUAGACAAAGUCAGUGGCUACAUAAUAUGCAACAAGUUUUCCUCAUCAUAAACUGCAUUUCGUGCAAUACAUACAGGAACUCCAGUUAGAACAACGCAAACACAUUGAGCAUCACAACUAGACAACCAAGAGCUUUCAUGAUUGGAACACAGAUCUUUUCGAAUGGCUAUCUUUCGGUAGAAUAUCGCCAGUCACAAUAUUCUUAAUAAUUAUCCUUGCAGUCUGGGCUACCGAAUCGCUCAUCCCACAGAACAGAAGUCAUAGCGGGUUACUCAAAAGAAACUCCUACGACGGGCGGACAAAUACAAGGGACGCGGUAACGUCAAACGGAAUUCUCAACAUACUAUUCUUAACACAUGAGUGAAUGACGCUGAAGACAGCUUUUCUUCAAGAAGAGCCGUUAGGAAUCACUGCUGGUAUUACGCCAUGCUGCCGGGCAGGACUGCUGUGUAAGCAAUUUUAUGUGACUCACGCCAAGCGGAUCGGCUUUCUUUCUAUGGAGGUAUCAUGCCUGUGCUGUUCAUAUACGUUAGGAACAGACUUGCCCAUAUGCCAACCAAUUACGAACCAAUUACGAAAUAAAAGUUUAUUGCUCACGUUCAAAGGCUUACAGAAAAUCAGUAAUCGCCAUUUGACACCAUAGCUAGAUUGUAAACUAAAGCAGAGGAUCCAUUUUUGGCAUACCAAACGCCUGAUCCAAUCAAUUGUAUUUUAUGUAAAUGGGCAUACAUGGGCAACAAAAAAGAAACCCAACCAUGGCUUGAGGACGUGGUAUCGUUCGAAAGUCCACAUGCGAAAUUUUGCUGAGGUUGUUGUUAUUGUCGUUAUAAAACGGCCCCCGUGCAUUGCCUUGAUCAUUGCACUCUGGAUAAUCACAGGAUUGAUACUUGGUGAGUAUCGGGUUCUAGAUUAUUAAUUAGGGAUUUUUCAUUUUUUUUUACUAUUACUUUCAUCCCUUAUUUUUUUUUUCUAUUUUUCUCUUUCAGCUGAAACGGAAAGAAAAAUGGCAUACAUUGGUGAGACUCUAUCCUGCGGUCCCCAGUUCGGGGAAUGGGUUGGUCCAAUGGAUCAACAAAUACGACUAUUCGGGCGGGUUUUUCCUGGCCAUUGGUUCCCGUCGAGCACUCGGCUACCGAGUGCUCGGCUGGCAGGAUUUGGAUACAUACUCCGGAUAUUCUUCCUCAUCUCUAUUGGGGAACUAUCCGCGUCCAGGAUUUUUCCAGAGCUUAAGGAUUGGGUGUGUGGCCGUUGGCGACUGGCCCGCUCGCUCGGCGCGCAGACGGACACCGAGGAGGUGCAAGUCUAUAAUGCCCUAGGUUGGGAUCAUCCGGUACUUUUGUACCGGGAUAGCCUGGGCAUCGUCGAGGUGAUCAGACGUUUUAUAUACCGUGAUAACCGGUGGAGGUCUGACCUCAUAGGUGUAACAUUUCAAUCUCACAAAAAAAAAAAAUGAGCUAACGGAGCUUUAUACUGAAUUUUGUUCCCUUAUAACCCAAGCAACUCGGUUGGUUUCGGGUAGUAACAAUAAAUCAUUACCACAAUGUCGCAAGUUUUAGCUGUGUCACCGUAUUAAACGUUGCUCAUUUGUGGCGAUUACGAACAAGACGGGAGUAAUAAUAAACCUAUUAAUUUCCUUAGUAAAGAAAAUUUAAUACGAGAUCUUUACAGGCACUAUUUCACCAUGGAUAAAUGAAAAUACCCAUAUAAUAACCCUUAUAAAUAUAGAACAAAAUAUACUAUUGAUAAACAGAGAACAUGAGAUUGAAGCAGGAUACCUGCUAAGCUAAAACGUGUUUUUGAACUGCAAACUCCUGGGGAAUAUGCGAUAUCAGAAACGUCCAAGAAAAUCUUAGAGAAAGUGAUUUUUGUCUAACAGAAUUAUUAUACAGAAAUUCGACGUCAAACUGUGAGACGAAAGCCCCAACUGACAUGGGCGAAGUUCAAUGACAGUAGAAAUAUUAGGAACGGGCAAAAUUCAUAUCGAACUAAAUAUGAAAAUUUCAACUAAACACGGAGCAAUUUACUACUUUAAUACAGAAGUCACCAUGUUGUAUCUAACCCAAGCAUUGAAAAUAUACAGAUAUAUACGGACGAUCAUGCUGAACAGCUAUCUAGGGAUCAGCCAACAAGCAGCCAGAAAUGAUUUCCAACUUUCCAAAGAAAAACGAUCGUUAUCCAGUCACCCAGAGUUAAGAAUCAAGACAUUAAUAAAGGAGACUGAAACCAGCAACCAAGGUAUAUCACAAGGGAUUAACAGCUUUGGUGCAAGUCCUGCCAAGUCAUAAUAACUUAGACGUAAUUCUCCUCAUAAAAUUCCUAAAUUCAGACUAUACAUGCAACUCCAAAUAGACAGUUUAAACUUAUACCGAUGCGUAUCAGCCUCCAAGAUUUAGAAAGUAUUCAGCAACUGCUUGCCGGCAAAUGGUAUAGACACGUUUUAGACAAAGUCAGUGGCUACAUAAUAUGCAACAAGUAUUCCUCAUCAUAAACCGCAUUUCGUGCAAUACUUACAGGAACUCUAGUUAGAACAACGCAAACACAUUGAGCAUCACAACUAGACAACCAAGAGCUUCCAUUAUUGGAACACACAUCUUUUCGAAUGGCUAUCUUUCGGUAGAAUAUCGCCAGUCACAAUGUUCUCAAUAAUUAUCCUUGCAGUCUGGGCUACCGAAUCGCUCAUCCCACAGAACAGAAUUACGAACCAAUUACGAAAUAAAAGUUUAUUGCUCACGUUCAAAGGCUUACAGAAAAUCAGUAAUCGCUAUUUGACACCAUAGCUAGAUUGCAAACUAAAGCAGAGGACCCAUUUUUGGCAUAUCAAACGCCUGAUCCAUUAAAUUGUAUUUUAAGCCCAUUUAGGGGAACAAAAAAGAAACCCAACCAUGACUUUAUUACGUGGAAGACACGUUAAAUCUAUUUGAAAAAUAUAAAGACACUCCAACGUAUUGCCGAAUAAUAUGAAGCGCCCCGUUGUUUUUGGGGGUCUGGGUAUCGUUCGAAAGUCCACAUGCGAAAUUUUGCUGAGGUUGUUGCUAUUGUCGUUAUAAAACGGCCCCCGUGCAUUGCCUUGAUCAUUGCACUCUGGAUAAUCACAGGAUUGAUACUUGGUGAGUAUCGGGUUCUAGAUUAUUAAUUAGGGAUUUUUCAUUUUUUUUUUAACAAUUACUGGCAUACAUUGGUGAGACUUUCUCCUGCGGUCCCCAGUUCGGAGAAUGGGUUGGUCCAAUGGAUCAACAAAUACGACGAUUCGGGCGAGUUUUUCCUGGCCAUUGGUUCCCGUCGAGCACUCGGCUACCGAGUCAUUGAUGUAGAAGGCGUAAGCCCUAAAAAUAUUGUAAAGUUAUUCGAUAUUUAGGACAAUGAAUAAAAAUCAAAUCGAGAAAUUUUGAGUUCUUUUUAAUAUUCAUACCGCACUAGCCUUGCCAUGUCCGACUAAUUUUCGAAGAAUUGUUUCGAUAUCGUCAUUAUGUAUUUCAGUGCGCUCGGAAUCUGAGUUAUAAAGGCUUAGCAUUAUUUGAUUUCUCAAAGCUAAAAAUUGAAUCAUCUCAAGUACUUCAAAUUGUUUAAUCUUUCUGAACGAAUCCAAAAUUAUCAGCAAUGAAAAAGAAAAUCUAAUAGCAGCGGUUAUUCCAAACACAUGAAAAGACAUAAAAUAUAUUACUGAAUUACUAAAUGCCUACGGGGACAGAAGAGAUCUGGCCUCACAUUUUCAAUCAGGACAUCAUCAAGACAUCAGGAAUCGCUUGGAAUCCUACUGUUGACUCAUUCAAUAUCGCAACGAUCAAAACAGAGGAAGAUGCCCAACGAGUAACUAAAAGAGAACAAGCGUCUAAAAUUCUAAGACUGUUUGAUCCCCUGGGAUUCAUACAACCAGUUGAACCAACCAUAGGCUCAGAACAAUAAUACUGUAAACCCCGGUAGUUAAAUAAAGGCCAAAAGCAUUCAGGCCAAAUCUUAAGCUAAAGCGUUGCAAGCAUAACAAUACUGUAAACCCCGGUAGUCUAAUACUCGCUUACGCCUGCGAUACUAAACUUGACCCACAAAUUCUGUCUGUUCUUGGUCUAGUUUAAUUAUGGCAUGCGGAAGUAUAACUACCGGGGUAACGAAUAAAGCAUGUGAGAGUACACACAAACUGGCAUACAAAUCCUAUUAGACGUAUCCAACCGGACGUCAGGUGAGAGAGUUGGGUUUUCUCUCACCUAAGUUGUACCAUUAUGUUGUACUAAAAAUUAAGAGAGUGAGUGCCACAAGAGAAACUCCAUGUAAGGUAGUAGAAUUUAAGUUAGUCUAGAGGGGGGGAAUGUAGGUUAAAAUUUAAGUAUAUAUAUAAGAAGAAAUUUGAAUAAAGUUGUUCAGUUGGUUUUGUAUCUGAUCGUUCAAAUGGUUUUUUAUCUGAUGACAAACCAGUAGUGUUUAAGUGUACAUGUGGUGACAGCGGUGGGUCACUCUACGCCUCAGGAGGAACAACCUUCUCCUCGAUCAUGUCAUGAAUUUACGAAUAUGGUAAUGACGUCACUCUCAAGUGGUAAUAUAAUUGACUGCGUGUUACGGUACCUCAUUAGCAAUUUAAGCAAUUAUUCUUAAGUUGCAUUGCCAUUGAUGCGUAAAAGAGGUAUGCUCGAGAAUGUGUCAUAUGUUGCUGCUGAUUUUGUAUUUUGUGCAUUGUACGUUAGUUGAUAAAUUUGUUGAUUAGUUUGCUGUGGUAUAUGAUCCUUCAUAAUUGAUGAUCUAUCCAUUUGUUAUGUGAUGAAUUCCUUUUCUCCAAAGAUGCCCAAUACCUUCUACCUUCCGUCCUCUGCUCUCAGGAGUAAUCUUGACUCAAAAUGUUGAAUAAUUUGAGCCCACAAUUUACUUUCAGCUGUUGAUGAAAUCUGCUCUCUUAAAUCCCAGAUGUCGAUGCUCUCAAGAUAUAGAUAUAUUUAUUAUUGUGUUGGAGUCAACCAAGGUUCUCCCCUCAGCCCGAGGGUUGGAGACGGCGAAGGAUCUCUCCUACUUGUACGCCAACAGCCCAAAGUGGAGGAAUCUUCAUCAACUCCCUUCAGACCGAAGGUGGGAGUCAACCGAGUCCGAGGAUCUCCCUUCAUUCCGAAGGUUAGAGUCAACCGAAAGACGAGGAAGAAUGUCACGAAAAAUAUGGUGUUUUCGCGUCGACCAUUUACGCGUUCCCAGGUGCGGGAGGCGCGGGAGGCGACCCUGAAAGAUGACAAUUUCGGCUCUCAACAUUUGGAUAUGGACUACCCUAUCACCCUGACGGAUGAUAGCUUUCCCAUGGACCCUCCGGCUGUGGACAUGGCCAAUCCGACAGAUGACAACUUUGACGUGGAUUCGGAUUCUCCUGCAGCCCUAUUGCCGGUAUGUCCUUGUGGCAGUGUAGAGGCGUUCCACUAUUGUUAUAGUGGAAUGCCUGAUUUCGUUGGGCCCAAUGCUGGUGCGUGGGCCCAAUCCAACGUAAGUAUUUGGCUUUAUUUAGCCAUUAGUGGACCAUUAAAAUAUUUACUGUUGUGUUCAAAACCAAGAUCACAUGUGCUACCAUCUAUUGGUUUGGCAUCAUGGGAUCUUUUUGUAUUCCUAUUUUAUUGCCUUCUGCGAAAAAAAUUGACCGCAAGAUACUUCUUGUCUGAGGUCUAUGAUCUUGUACACCGUCGUUGGCGGUUGUCUAAUAGUUCCGGUCCUCAGACUGCUGAGGCGGAACGAAUUUUAUGCAACACUUUAGGAUGGGAGAAUCCCGUCCUAAAAUGGAGCAAUGUUUCAUUUUUUUCCUCCGUCUGUCGUUUCCUGUAUUUCGAAAAUCAAUGGAUUUUCGAUAUAAAGGAAAUGACAUAUGGAAGCUGUAAAGAAGCUAUUGAGCUUCUUAGCAGCUGUAUUUAAAUUUUUUUUUUUUUUAGGAAUGCUGCUGUCCACAUAGAACUCGGUACAACCUAAGUAACGCGGAUUUCAACCGCGUUUAUAGGAAAAUGCUGGUUGAAAUUUUCUGUGCUGGUUAUGAAUUAGUUAAAAUUAGAUGAUAAGAAAAUAAAUGAUUUUAUGAAAAAUUGUAUGAAAUUUCUUAUUUAAUUUGCUAGAAAGAACUCCAUUCUUCCAACUUUCGUAUUGUCCACCUUGUACUAAAUCCUAUUGGAUUUAGUUUGUUGUUUUGUUGCUUGGUUUUUUUUUUUUCUUAUAUAUAUAUUUUGAAGAUGUGAAAUAUUGUGUUUGGGAUGGCAAUUGCACUAACUAGAGUGCUGUUAAGGAAUCACUGUGGAGGUGCAAAACAACACCUGUCAUGGAGAAAAAAAAGGUAAAUUUCAACUCUUAUUUCAAAAUUAAAUAAAUUAUAGGAGCCUUAUGUUUUUUUUUUUUUUUUUACAGAGACAGGGAUUGUAACAUAUAUUAAAAAACCCUCCUUUGAUUGGGAACCAUGGGGAAAAUUUAAUCUUAUUUUUUUUAAAUAAAACCAAACAGUUUACUUAUCAAGAAUUAAUUUGGGGAUAAUAAUACAAGUUUUUAUGGUUUGUUUCAGGAUACUGGCUAUUCUCUGCCAAUUGAUAGCAGAGACGAAAAGCAGCCUGUUACUGGAAAAAUUAGAUGACCCACUAAUCUGGAAGGGUUCAUACACAUUAGAGGUAAAAUUAUCCUUAUCAGAACUUCUAAAAAGUAGCGAAGUAUUGGAAUCAACAGUAAAAAACUAUGACGAAACAUGUCAAAUGCUUACAAAAAGGAUCCCAGAAACACAGUGUAACAUUACGAUACAGGAUCUCAAAUAUACGGUAAAAAGGGGAAAGGGAAUAGAACAAUUCAUACGAGGUUUCUUUCCAAAUAGGAAAACAAGGGGUUUCUUAACUUGGAUUGGAGCCAUGGAUUCAGAUGAUAGAACACGGGUUGAUAAAAAUGUAGAUAUAUUAAGAAAAAAUGAAGAAAAUUUAAAAGAUUCAAUAAAUCAUCAAACCAACACAGUAGAUGCAAUGUAUAAAUUUAUUGACAGUUCAAUGCUGCAAAUUGACAAUAGAAUCAAACAAGUUUCAGCGAACUUCAAUACAUUGGAGCUCAUAGUACAAGAAAAUUUAAACUUCACAAAUUCAAUUAAACAAAUAGUUUAUCUGGAAUCUGAACUCCUUGAGAUAGGAUUUCGGAUUCAAAUAUUAAUAGAAAAUUUAAAAUAUUAUCAAAAUAUUAUUAUACAAAUACUUAAGGGGGCGUGAGUUUGGUUGGAGUUUCGGUUCGCGGGUGUGGUGCAUCGAUUUUAUUAUUACAUACAAUCUAUCUUUAGUUAAUAAAGUGUUUGUAGUUUGUUUCAGUGUACCUAGAGUUACAUUAAGUGAAACGAAAGAAAGCCAGUGCAGUGCCGUGACCACUUCGCGUAUACAUUCUGGUUAAGGUGAUCUUUACCAUGCCUAUUUCGCUUUUUUGACCUCCGUGGCUGGAUUCGCAAUGCGUAGAAAGCACCGUUGGUAUGGCUGUUUUGGUGGUAUGGUGCCAUGAAAUUUCGUUCUACUCUAUAAUUUGUCGAAUAACAAAGAAAUGAUUCGGGUUUAAGGAAGACAAAAAAAAUGAGCUGACGGAGCUUUAUACUGAAUUUUGUUCCCUUAUAACCCGCGCAACUAUGUUGGUUUCGGGUAGUAACAAUAAAUCAUUACCACAAUAUCACAAGUUUUAGCUGUGUCACCGUAUUAAACGUUGCUCAUUUGUGGCGAUUACGAAAAGGACGGGAGUAAUAAUAAACCUAUUAAUUCCCUUAGUAGAGAAAAUUUAAUACGAGACCUUUACAGGCACUAUUUCACCAUGGAUAAAUGGAAAUGCCCAUAUAAUAACCCUUAUAAAUACAGAACAAAAUAUACUAUUGAUAAACAGAGAACAUGAGAUUGAAGCAGGAUACCUGAUAAGCUCAAACGAGUUUUUGAACUGCAAACUCCUGGGGAAUAUGCGAUAUCAGAAACGUCCAAGAAAAUCUUAGAGAAAGUGAUUUUUGUCUAACAGAAUUAUUAUACAGAAAUUCGACGUCAAAUUGUGAGACGAAAGCCAUGGGCGAAGUUCAAUGACAGUAGAAAUAUUAGGAACGGGCAAAAUUCAUAUCGAACCAAAUAUGAAAAUUUCAACUAAACACGUACCAAUUUACUACUUUAAUACAGAAGUCACCAUGUUGUAUCUAACACAAGCAUUGAAAAUAUACAAAUAUAUACGGACGAGCAUGCUGAACAGCUAUCUAGGGAUCAGCCAACAAGCAGCCAGAAAUGAUUUCCAACUUUCCAAAGAAAAACGAUCGUCACCCAGUCACCCAGAGUUAAGAAUCAAGAAAUUAAUAAAGAGAGUCUGAAACCAGCAACCAAGUCUUCAAUACGUAUAUCACAAGGGAUUAACAACUAUGGUACAGGUCCUGCCAAGUCAUAAUAACUUAGACGUAAUUCUCCUCAUAAAAUUCCUAAAUUCAGACAAUACAUGCAACUCCAAAUAGACAGUUUAAACUCAUACCGAUGCAUAUCAGCCUCCAAGAUUUAGAAAGUAUUCAGCAACUGCUUGCCGACAAAUGGUAUACACACGUUUUAGACAAAGUCAGUGGCUACAUAAUAUGCAACAAGUAUUCCUCAUCAUAAACCGCAUUUCGUGCAAUACUUACAGGAACUCCAGUUAGAACAACGCAAACACAUUGAGUAUCACAACUAGACAACCAAGAGCAUCCAUUAUUGGAACACACAUCUUUUCGAAUGGCUAUCUUUCGGUAGAAUAUCGCCAGUCACAAUGUUCUCAAUAAUUAUCCUUGCAGUCUGGGCUACCGAAUCGCUCAUCCCACAGAACAGAAGUCAUAGCGGGUUACUCAAAAGAAACUCCUACGACGGGCGGACAAAUACAAGGGACGCGGUAACGUCAAACGGAAUUCUCAACAUACUAUUCUUAACACAUGAGUGAAUGACGCUGAAGACAGCUUUUCUUCAAGAAGAGCCGUUAGGAAUCACUGCUGGUAUUACGCCAUGCUGCCGGGCAGGACUGCUGUGUAAGCAAUUUUAUGUCAUUGAAGGGAUUCACGCCAAGCGGAUCGACUUUCUUUCUAUGGAGGUAUCAUGCCUGUGCUGUUCAUAUACGUUAGGAACAGACUUGCCCAUAUGCCAACCAAUUACGAACCAAUUACGAAAUAAAAGUUUAUUGCUCACGUUCAAAGGCUUACAGAAAAUCAUUAAUCGCUAUUUGACACCAUAGCUGCUAGAUUGCAAACUAAAGCAGAGGAUCCAUUUUCGGCCUACCAAACGCCUGAUCCAAUAAAUUGUAUUUUAUGUAAAUGGGCAUACAUGGGCAACAAAAAAGAAACCCAACCAUGACUUGAGGACGUGGAAGACACGUUAAAUCUAUUUGAAAAAUAUAAAGACACUCCAACGUAUUGCCGAAUAAUAUGAAGCGCCCCUUUGUUUUUGGGGGUCUGGGUAUCGUUCGAAAGUGCACAUGCGAAAUUUUGCUGAGGUUGUUGUUAUUGUCGUUAUAAAACGGCCCCCGUGCAUUGCCUUGAUCAUUGCACUCUGGAUAAUCACAGGAUUGAUACUUGGUGAGUAUCGGGUUCUAGAUUAUUAAGUAGGGAUUUUUCAUUUUUUUACUAUUACUUUCCCCCUUUUUUCUAUUUUUAUCUAUCAGCUGAAACGGAAAGAAAAAUGGCAUACAUUGGUGAGACUUUCUCCUGCGGUCCCCAGUUCGGGGAAUGGGUUGGUCCAAUGGAUCAACAAAUACGACAAUUCGGGCGGGUUUUUCCUGGCCAUUGGUUCCCGUCGAGCACUCGGCUACCGAGUGCUCGGCUGGCAGGAUUUGGAUACAUACUCCGGAUAUUCUUCCUCAUCUCUAUUGGGGAACUACCCGCGUCCAGGAUUUUUCCAGAGCUUAAAGAUUGGGUGUGUGGCCGUUGGCGACUGGCCCGCUCGCUCGGCGCGCAGACGGACACCGAGGAGGUGCAAGUCUAUAAUGCCCUAGGUUGGGAUCAUCCGGUACUUUUGUACCGGGAUCACCUGGGCAUCGUCUAGGUGAUCAGACGUUUUAUAUACCGUGGUAACCGGUGGAGGUCUGACCUCAUUGAUGUGGAAGGCGUAAGCCCUAAAAA